UAGAAACUAUAAAGUUCAGCCCUUGCCAAUGUUGAGCACCGAACAUUACCCCUUUGCCAUAACCCUCUUGGCGUCGAGCUGACCUUUCAACAUGGAGAGGAACCCAGUUUCCAUCCCUCCUGGCGUCAACCCUCGAGACUUAGAGAGGCCAAAGGGGAAAUUGUCAUUCAUUGCGUAUCUUGAGGAACACUCCGACAUCAUGGGUAAGGAAUGCCCGACUCCGGAGCACCACCAACCCGCAGACCCGCUUCGGCAAAACAUAAUUCACGCAUGUAUCAACCUUCGCGACAAGGACGUUUUGGGCUACGCAGAGGCGUUCUACCACCAACAACGUCUUCAGGGGGAUAGUGCUUUCUCGAUCAAGGCAGCGGAUGUACUGCGAUGGCUGAUUUUUGGGGUUAUGACUAUUUUCAUCCCUUUGGACAUAUUCGUCUUACUUCGCUGGACCUUGCCCCGAAUUCUAAACAGAAUUUCUCGAAAUCCUCAAGAACGGGAGAGCCUUUUCCCCCCAUAUGAAUGGUCUCUCAAAGCUAGUCUAUGGAUAAUUUUUGUUCGGCAUGCCAAGUCGACAACUCACAGACUCUCGACUCAACACUCACACAUAUCUGAUAUCAAACUGGGAAAAGAGUUGGUAGAGGCUCGAACAAAGCGAUUGGAAAUUUUGGAAGCACUAUAUCAAGACUGGAGGGAGGAAGAAGCUGAAGCCCUGACAAGGCUGCGAAAGUUGAAAACUGCUGCAAGCCCCGAACAUCGAGCAAAAAUCGACGAAUGGAGGCGAGAAGCCGCAAGCACCUGGGGGUGUAUUGUUUCUGAAUGCAAAAAUUUGAGAGAACAGAUCAAAACUCUAAAAACAGAGAUUGAGGAGAUUCGUGAGAUUGCUGGAACGCAAACUAAUGCACAGAUAACUGGAUACAGAGGAGUCGCUGAUUGGGCAAAGGAUACCCUCGGUGCCCAUAGCGGCAUCAUCAAGGCAGUAUCUGUUGUGUCUGUGUUGGGCGCCGGUGCAAGUUAUACCUCCAUUCUCAGUGCCACCCGCGGAGAUAUCUCGUACAUGAUCUGCUCCUUUGAAAUGUUUAUGAUUUGUCUCAUCAUCGCUGCUGCGGCUCAAGGAAUACUCACUUUGUGUAGUCGCCGGGUGAACGACUCGAUUCCGAACCUGCGGUUCUGGGGGUUUUUCGUAGUUGUUGUCGUGUAUGGGGCUGGAAUAUUUAUGGUAGCAGGCAUCUGCUUUCUGGUAGCUACCGUCCUGUACUUGGACUCCGACCCCGGAAAUCCACCAGUGAUCACCUUUUCACCGAUGUCUUCACUUUAUACCACGUUUGCGGUAUGGAGUUCAGCCCAAUCCCAGUAUCAAUGUGCAACUGACGCCUCUUUAGCUCUACGCCUUCCUUUGUAUAAUCAACAUUCUCUAUUGGGGUGUUUAUUCUUCUGCGCAUCGUCGUAAAGACUUGAUUUGGAGACGACCGGAGAGACCCGCGGCGAACGCGAAAAGG